AUGGUCAAAGAGAAUAAACAUACCUAUACACUUGAGUUCAUUGCUCUAGUGACCCAAAUGAGCAAUAUAGGUCAAUCAUCAUUGUCAUCAACGGUACAAUGCACAAGGGAAUUCUUUACUUUCCUGGUUGGUGAUUCCCCUGAUACUUGGAUCUCAACAAGUACUUUAUCUAAAUGGAAUCAAGAUGUAGCAAGAAUAACAGUUUCAGAAAAUCUUCCAGGGACCACUUCUCAAUUCUCAUCAUAUGGGAUCAUGGCAGAUGAAAGUACAAGAGGUUCAAGGAAUGUACCUGAGGGAUAUUUGCAUAAAUGGAAAACGUUUUUAGGAUUCCUAGAAAAUGAAAAAUUAAAUAUAGAAAUUUUAAUAAUGGUAAAAUUUGGGAAGUGGUUCUAUGAAAAACUAAUGUAUUUUUUAAUCAGUUCUGAUACUAACUCAAGUCACCCUCUACCAAAUGGAUAUCGUGCUCAUCAAAUGCCUGACAUGGUACAAACCUGGAUUAUAAUAGUAAAAAAAUAUAUAGGAAGAUUAAAUAAGAAUUUAGAAGAUCAGAGUAAUUCAUUAGGGUUAUUUGAAGCAUUGGAAAAAAAUAACUUUAGAGAGCAAUUUGUUGCAUUUUCAAAAGCUAAUUAUAUUCAAUUAAAAGAAUUUCCAUUGAUAUAUGAUUUCGUUAGACAUUGUAUCUGGUCAAUAAUAGUUCAUCAAUAG